UGCGUAGAUAAUUGUGUAUUGAACGAACAAUUAGCAAGAACGUUUCUUUCUUAUGUCCUGUAUCGACGGAGUGAAUUCCAGACAAUAUGAUGUUUCAGAAUCUUCUUUUGCUUUUCCUUCAAGGUCUCGCCAUCAUGGCUGAUGACUACUUCCAGGAGGAUACCAUGAAUUCCGGGUUCUUGUUCAUCCCCUCCUUGAUGAAAGAGACCCACGACUUCUUGGAAGACUGUCUAGCGCUUUGUGAUUCGACACCGAAGUGCAAUAUCAUAACUUUUGACAAGGCACGACAGAUGUGCAGGGGAUAUGAAAACAUCACGCAGUCAGUGGGCUUCAUCUCCGUACCUGGUACAAAGAUAUGGUCUAACAACAGGAAGAAGACUCAUAGGUAUGCCUACCCUGGACUGACCUGGGUUGCUGAUCCAUCACGUGCAGGCGUUGUCUUCAGUCCUACCGCCUCCAGAGAGUUCCUUCCCCGACUUGAUGAAUGUGUGGAUCGUUGUCGUAACGACCCAACGGGUUGUCACUACUUGACAUUUACAGAAAAUGCUGCUGAUUGUCGGUCAUUUACCGGCAUACCAGACUACAACGUGACCCUGGCAAACACUGAAGUUUGGAUGAAAACACAACUAGGACGGGACCUGGAGUCGCCGGAAUCGUUCUACUUGAUUGUAAAGAAGAAUCUAAAUCGCGCUGAGGCAAACGCCUAUUGUGCUCAGGACGGUAUAUUUGGACAUCUCCUGAAAGUCAACAACGCUGAGGAGCAAGAUUUCCUGGAUCUCAAUGCAGCGUUUGAUGGAGCAACAACUGCCUCUUUAUGGAUGGAUGCGGAGGUGGAUGCCGACGGAAGGUUUCUGUGGAAUGUCGGGAGGCCGGAAUCCACAUAUUUGAACAUGGCCUACGGCGAGCCUUCCGAUACAGCAAACAAGAAAUGUCUGACCAUAGCAAAAGCGGACGGAAAAUGGGCAAGCGCUGACUGUACAAACACCAUACACUUCGUGUGCGAGAUCGAUAAAUUACCAUGGUGAACGGACAUCAGGAUUCAAGGUGAUAGAAGUAAAACCUCUGGUUAACCUGGCCCGUUGUAGGGGAUACAUUACAACAGACAUUAUUCUCACGCAUCCUAUCCACGAUCGAUAUUCAGACUAUCAAUAUAUAAAUCCUCUGGCAUUUCCUUUUUCGAACGGCAUUAUAUUGUUAUAAUGUAAUUGUUAUAUGUAAUGUAAUUUUCUCCUCACUGCUCUCUAACUUUCUGUGCUUUGAUUGUGGAAUUGGAUUACAUUUUUUUUUCAAAAUAAAUUUUAUUCAACAAGCAUGUAUAUAUAUAUAAACAAAUGUCCUCACGCAGGAGGGCUUUCACUCAUCAGACAUCCUAUCUCUCACUCAUCAGAGAUCCUAUCUCUCACUCAUCAGACAUCCUAUCUCUCACUCAUCAGAGAUCCUAUCC